AUGACAUUGGAUGAAGAAGAAGUUUUCAGCACUUUUAAUGAGUUCAGAAGUGAUACCUUUACUGUUCCAACCAGGGCCAUGAUUGAAGAUGGUUUCCUUAAUGCUACAUAUGGGGAUUCAGUAUAUCUUGAAGAUGAAGCUACUUUGAAAUUAGAAAGUAAAAUGUGUGAACUUACCGGUAAACCAGCAGCUUUGUUCUGUGUUAGUGGAACCAUGUCUAACCAAAUUGGUGUUAGAACAAACCUUGUCCAACCACCAUACAGUGUAUUGUGUGAUUAUCGUUCUCAUAUCUAUUUGCAUGAAGCGGCUGGGUUGGCUACUUUGAGUCAAGCCAUGGUUCAUCCAGUCAAACCAGCUAACGGAGACUAUUUAACUCUUGAAGAUAUCUUGGAUAACAUCACUUACGAUGAUGGAGAUAUUCAUGCUGCACCAACAAAAUUAAUCUCAUUGGAAAACACUUUGCAUGGGAUCAUAAUGCCAAUUGAAGAAAUUGAACGAAUUAGCAAGUUUUGUCGUGAACAUGAAAUCAGAUUACAUUUAGAUGGGGCUAGAUUAAUCAAUGCAUCAGUUGAAACUGGUAUCUCACUUAAAGAAUAUUGUCAAUAUUUCGAUAGUGUUUCGAUUUGUUUAUCCAAAUCACUUGCUGCACCAAUUGGAUCCAUCCUUGUUGGUGAUCAAAAAUUCAUUACCAAAGCCACUCAUUUCAAGAAACAACAAGGGGGUGGUAUAAGGCAAGCUGGGCUCAUGACAACCAUGGCUAUCCAUGCCUUGGAUUAUAAUACGCAAAAAAUCAAGAAAUCCCAUGAUAUGGCUAAAGAUGUUGGUAGAUUCUGUAAAGAACAUGGAAUUAUUCUUGAAUCUCCAGUUGAUACAAAUUUUGUAUUUAUUGACUUAAAAGCUAAUCGUAUGGAUCCAAAAUUGUUUGUUGAUUUGGGAAGAACUAAAUAUAAUGUUAAGCUAAUGGGAGGAAGAAUUGCAUUCCAUUUCCAAGUAAGCCGGCAAGCUGUAGAAAACCUCAAGGCUUGUAUUUUGGAAUGUUUUGAAUAUGCUCAAGAACAUCCACACAAGUAUGAUGGUAAAAACAACAAGAAGAUGUAUGAUUUCGAGGCAAUGAAAAAGUAA